AAUAUUUACGUCUCGGAGAAAUUUUUUUAGUGCAUUGGUCAUAGAAAACAAAAAUUGUGUACAAAAUUUUGCAAAACAAAUAAUAAAAUAUUACAAUUACCUGUUUAUAUAGAAAAGUAAAAGCAAAUAAAUGUAAUUAACAAGAAGAUUUUAUGAAAAUCUACGGAAUAACAACGAAUGAAAGCAGUAGAAAAUGUUGAAAUAUUUCAAAAGACAGAAAAGUCGUGCUGGUUCUACAAAUACUAAUGAAAAUGAACAAUACUACAGCACAAACAACAACAAGAAUGGUGUAAAUACUAAUGUUGAUGAAACUGAUAGCGCUGGUGGUGCUUUAGAUGACCUAUCGUCAUCCUCUGCUACUACUGCUGCCUCUGUAAAACGUCAUUCACUACGUUCGACUUCCAGUUUUUGUGAUGAAGUUUUUCUUGAAGAGUUAGCUAAUUUGGGCCUGUUGAUGACAGCAUCAAGUGCAGGGGGCUCGGAGGAAGAUGCUGUUAGUUAUGGUGCUUUAAGCUUAGGUGCACUUAGUAAUGGUGGUUGUAAUCAAGUCGUAGGUGCUGCUGCGGCCUCUGCACUGGCUUUAAAUUCAAUUGUUGAAUUUGAUGAAGACAUUUUCAAAUACCAUUCCCGUCUUUCGAUGUCCGUCACAUCCAUAGUCAAUGAACCAAAUUGCCUCAGUUAUUUUGUUCAAUUUUUAGAAAAACGUAACGCUUUGCCUUUAAUCAAAUUCUACUUAGAUACAGAAAAUUUUAAAAAUGCCGCUUUAGCACAAUUGCGUAAAGAACAAAAACUCAAACUGGUGGCACAACAAAUACCUGAGGAGUCCACAGACGUUGUACAAGAAAUGGCACAAGCAAGCAGCAAUAAUGAUACAGAUGAUAAUAUAAUGCUGCAGCAGCAACGUAAUGAUUUAAGUGAAGCGCAUGCUGCUGCAGCUGCGUCAUGUGUUGGAGCAGAUGGCUCAGAUAAUGAUAGUAGCAUUGUACCUGAAUUAAAAACAUUGUGCGAUUUAACCAUGCGCAAACCCUUAACCGAUGAUGAAAAAUCUCAAAUCUAUGCAGAAACAAGUAAACAACUAACUAAAUGUAAUGAUAAGAAUACUACUACUACCACUUAUAAAGCUUCCUCAGAACUAUCGCUGUGUAGUUUAACUAGCAACUUUACGGAAAUUUCCGAAUGUGUUGUAAUAUCAAUGGCCAGUGUACAGGAUGCCCUAACCAUAUAUCAGAAAUACUUAAGCGGCAAUUCGCCACAGCAUAUAGAAAUACCGGUUGAUAUACUAUCAAAGAUUUCCUUGAUAUUGUGCAAAAAAGAACAGGAGGAAGAAAACUGUGCCAUUACCUCGGAUUGCUUUACAGAGGCUCAGCAAUUCAUCCUCAACCAGUUGGAGAAGGAAUACCUAAAUGAUUUUCUACAAAGUACCUAUUAUGCAAAAUAUUGCGUGGAAUUAAUACAAAGCCAUAAUUUAAAUAUCAACGAUAUCUUACACAGUGAGGUAACACUGUUCUAUUUGAUGGAAUAUCUGGAACAGCAUCAAGAGAGAGAUUGUUUAGAUUUUUGGUCCUCCGCCAUAAAUUAUCGCAAAAGUUAUUUGUCUCAGGAGCCACAAGUACGCAACGAAAAAGAGGCCCAAUCUGAUGCCAUGAUAAUUUAUGAGAAAUUUUUCUCCUUGCAAAAUGAGCUAAAAUUGUGGUCUUCAAACAAAUUACGAUCUCAUGUAGAAUCCUGUAUUUGUAGCGAAGGUUUGGUGUUUUACUGUUUCGAUUUGCCUCUAAGAGUGGCUGCCAAAUAUUUAGAAUGCAAAUAUUUGAAAUUGUUUUUGAAAUCUUCGUUAUUUGCCAACUAUUUAAAUGAACUUAAAACACGCAUCGAAGAUGACGGCGAACACAAAGAAAACCUUAAUAAAUUUCAAUCCCUGCAUAAACCAUUGCGUCGUUGUGUUAGUGACAAAACCGCCAAUAGACAUCGUAAAACCUUAUCGGAUUGUACGCUAGAUAAGAAAUUACCCAUCUCACAACACAACACCUUAUUAGCAUCCAUGGACAGCCACUCGUCCCAUCUAAAACAAUUCCACUUGAAUAUUGACUCGUCCCAAUUAACCAAUCCCGACUUGCUGUGGCAUCGCUCUAAUAGUAACAAUUUGAAAUUCGGUCGCGUCAACUCUUUAGGUCGUUAUGAACGAGAUUUCAUCUCACCCUCAGAUGCCUUGCAUCACACAUCCUUGAAAUCAACGCACAAUUGGUCUUUGGCAUUAAAUGGUAAUAAAAUUAAAAAUGCUAUGCGUAAAUUGGUUCAUUUACCCGAUGAUAAUGUACAAGAGGAAAUCGCCUGGCAGGUGGCCGAAAUGAUAGUGAAAGAUGUCACCAAUGUUACCAUGCGCCAAGGCGAAGAAAAUCACACAAAAAAGUCUUAGUAAGUUUUCAUUUUUUUUUAUUAUUUAUGAUUCUUUUCUUUCUUUCUAAAUACAUGUUAUGGGUUGUAUGAAUUUUAUAUGCAUUCAUGUAUAACAAAGCAAUAAUGAAAACAAAUUUACAGUGAUAAGAAUUUACAAAACCACAACAAAAAAAAGUCAUAGUUUUUUAGUUCAAAACUAAAUCUCAAAUUAAUUUUUUAUUCCAAU